AUGGAGAUUCCUGGACUUGGACUUUUGCAUAGAUGGCGAAGACAAAGAGGAGAGCAGUUGGAAAAAUGUAAAUACUCCUUCGUGGAUGCCCUGAAAAAGGGGAAUGCAACUUUGUGGGGGAGCGAUCGGCGGAGGAGGAGAGGGAGGCUUGGCCUCAUCACCCUCUGUGAGGAAAAAUCAAACGCAUUGCCCAAAGAUGGGGAAGAAAAAGGCACCAUACCAGAUAAAGAUGAAGAUGGGAAGAAAAACAAAAUGAAUGAAGAUGAUUCAAAUGCAUUGAAGGAACAAGCCAACUCUCCUUUCACGAAUUCAUUUGACGCUCCAAAUGCUUUGCUUUUUGAAAAUCUAAACAAGGAAUACAAAUUUAUUACUACACAAGAUAACUUUGAUGGCUUCCGAUUCGAAGUAGAUAAAAGCGUGAACAAGUAUCUACAGUCGACACACACACUUUUCCUUGGGACGACACUAAGGGAUGUGGGAUACCUGUACCAAUUCGGGGCAAACUUCACGAACAGUGACAACAGCUUGCUGAUGAUCAGCAGAGUGAAUAUUGAUGGCAGUGUGAAUGGCAGGUUCUGCAAAAGAAUACAAAACAAUAUCGAUUGCAAGCUCAAUUUUAACACUUAUGCGAAAAGUGACACGAGAAAUAUGUACGAAAUGGCUGUAGAGGUUAAUAAGCCUAUAUACACCUACAGCAUGAAGACGAUAUGGCAGGGCACCUGGAUCUUUAACACGUCGUACACGCAAAUGUUGAGUAAAAAAUUUCAAGCGGGGGUGGACUUAACGUAUAUCGCGUCCAAUUGUGCUUCCAUUGGAUCCUUUGGGCUUCGAUACAACCACAAAAAUAAUGUCCUGUCAAUGCAGGUGGUCAGGCAGCCAAAUUUUAAGUCGCCUGAAUUUAUGCUUAAUCAGACACAUUUGUAUAAAAUCCAGUACGCUAAGAAAGUAUCCGAUCGGUUAUCCUUGGGUACGGAGCUUGAAGUCACUCCUCAGACGAAGGAAUCUGCCAUGCGUCUGGGGUGGGACUACUCCUUUCGUCAUGCGAAAGUGCAGGGGAGCAUCGACACCAGUGGGAAGAUUGCCGUGUUUACGCAGGACUACUCGGGCUUUGGAGUCAGCGGGUAUAUAGACUACCCGAACAACGAGUACAAGUUUGGCUUCAUGAUGCACAUAGCCCCGUCGCAGGAGCAGCCCGCGCAGCCCGCCCCGUAG